AUGGCACUUCGGACCCUCGAUAUAAGCUUUCCAGACAAAACUCCCGAGUCGAAAUUUGUUGAUACUGUGAAAGAAUUGGGUAUCGACACGAAGGAUGUUGUUGUUCACCAAGCCGAAGAAGCGAGAAACACGAUUCAACAAGCAUUUGGUCAGGCGAGUGAAUAUUUAAGAGAACGUGUCCCGGCUGAAUACAAAGAGAAAGCUGCUGGUGUUAAAGAUGCUCUGAUUCAAACAGCAAUCGAUAUUAAAGAUGCCACUGUCGAUGUUGUAAAUACUUUGACAUCAUCGUCAGCUGGUACUUCAAAUGAACAAUCUGGUAAAACAACAACAAGUGAGACGACAUCUGCUACUCAUAUCGAUGUUCAAAAAAGCGAUACGAAGAAAGACAAAUAA